AAAACAAAAAGGGAUUUCCCAUCUGUUGUUGCUCAAGGUUUUAGGUGUCUGUAUCGAGAAACAUGGAUCCGGCAGAGCUCCGUCGGGUAUUUCAAAUGUUUGACAAGAAUGGAGAUGGGCAGAUCACAAAGAAGGAACUAAGUGACUCGCUAAGAAACUUGGGUAUCUAUAUACCCGAUAAGGAUUUGAUCCAAAUGAUCGAGAAGAUAGAUGUCAAUGGAGAUGGUUACGUAGACAUUGAAGAGUUCGGGGCGUUGUAUCAAACGAUAAUGGACGAGAGGGACGAGGAGGAGGACAUGAGAGAAGCAUUCAACGUGUUCGAUCAAAACGGAGAUGGUUUUAUCACAGUGGAGGAGUUGAAGUCAGUUUUGUCAUCCUUGGGGCUAAAGCAAGGAAGAACUUUAGAGGAUUGCAAGAGAAUGAUUAAAAAGGUGGAUGUGGAUGGAGAUGGCAUGGUUAACUUCAGGGAGUUCAAGCAAAUGAUGAAAGGUGGUGGAUUUGCUGCCCUAGGUUCAAGUUAA